AAUAUUGAAGUUCAUGAAAUGCAAUAGUGUCAUGUACACGUCUUGUCCCACCCAGUCUAUUGCAGGUUAUUUCAAAGCAACUAUACUGAUCUGUUGCAAUAAAUUGGUAUUGUGGCAUUAGAGAGGGGCAGAGAGCAGGAAAUGUCAGUGUUUUUAAAGCUGUUUUUGAUAUUUAGCAUAAGUGGCUCCAGCUUUAGUCUUGAUACAGAUGACUUUUAUCAGGACUCUUCUGCUACUAAUCUAGUAGAAGUAAGUUCUGGGAGCUCUUUUCCUGAUCUCAGCCUCCCUUUGACAAUUACUAAUAUCAAAGGUCUUCCUAAUGACUCUGCACUUGUAGAAGCUUCAAUCACUGGUGGCCUCUUGUCUCUAAGCCCACCUACCUAUAACAUUGGCUUGCAGAGGCGUACUGCUUCUGCAGGUUAUUCAGGUAGUUCAACUCUUAAGAUCUCCGUAGAUGUACCACUGAGGAAUAGAGCUCUGAAUGAUAUUAAAGCUAAAUUCCCUGCUUUGAAUAACGAUACUAUCUACCCAACGCAUCUUCUGCUUUUUGAGGUUGAUGACUUAUACUCCGAAGUU